GGUUUGACAGCGGCGGCUGGCUUAGCGCUCUCAGAACUCCAUUCCCCGCCGGCCCCCGCGACCUAGACAGUUGCCUCUUCCUGCUCAGGGAACAAGAAGCCCUGCUGCGGACUGACUUCUUCAGUGCUCAGAGUCUGAGAAACAUGGCAACUAUGGGUAAUGAUUCUAGACAUCUUCUCAUCCCUGAGGUAGAUCAUGAAAUAAAUCCUGGACCUAUGAAUAUCCAGUUUGAUUCAUCAGAUCUCAGAUCCAAAAGGCCGUUCUGUAUAGAGCCCACAAACAUCGUCAAUGUGAAUGAUGUCAUUCAGAGGGUUAGUGACCAUGCCUCUGCCAUGAACAAGAGGAUUCAUUACUACAGCCGGCUCACCGCUCCUGCAGACAAGGCACUGGUUGCCCCAGAUCAUGUAGUUCCAGCUCCAGAAGAGUGCUAUGUAUAUAGUCCAUUGGGUUCUGCUUAUAAACUUCAAGGUUACACUGAAGGAUAUGGUAAAAACACCAGUUUAGUAACCAUUUUUAUGAUUUGGAACACUAUGAUGGGAACAUCCAUACUGAGUAUUCCUUGGGGCAUAAAACAGGCUGGAUUUACUACUGGAAUGUGUGUCAUCAUGCUGAUGGGCCUUUUAACACUUUAUUGCUGCUACAGAGUAGUGAAAUCACGAGCUAUGAUAUCUUCAGUGGAUACCACUACCUGGGAAUAUCCAGAUGUCUGCAAAUAUUAUUUUGGCUCCUUUGGGCAGUGGUCAAGUCUGCUUUUCUCCUUGGUGUCUCUCAUAGGAGCAAUGAUAGUUUACUGGGUGCUUAUGUCUAACUUUCUUUUUAAUACUGGAAAGUUUAUUUUUAAUUUUAUCCAUCACAUUAAUGAUACAGACGCUGUACUGAGUACCAAUGAUAGCAACCCUGUGAUUUGUCCAAGCGCCGGGAGUGGCGGCCAUCCUGACAAUAGCUCUAUGAUCUUCUAUGCCAAUGACACGGGACUCCAACAGUUUGAGAAGUGGUGGAAUAAGUCCAAGACAGUGCCCUUUUACCUCAUAGGGCUCCUCCUGCCGCUGCUCAAUUUCAAAUCCCCUUCAUUUUUUUCAAAAUUUAAUAUCCUAGGCACAGUGUCCGUUCUCUAUUUGAUUUUCCUUGUCACCUGGAAGGCUAUUCGCUUGGGAUUUCAUCUGGAAUUUCAUUGGUUUAUGCCAACAGAAUUUUUUGUGCCAGAGAUAAGAUUUCAGUUUCCACAGCUGACUGGUGUGCUUACCCUUGCUUUCUUUAUUCAUAAUUGUAUUAUCACUCUCUUAAAGAACAACAAGAACCAAGAAAACAAUGUAAGGGACUUGUCCAUUGCUUAUAUGUUGGUGACAUUAACUUACCUCUAUAUUGGAGUCCUGGUUUUUGCUUCAUUUCCUUCACCACCAUUAUCAAAAGACUGUAUAGAACAGAAUUUUUUAGACAACUUUCCAAGCAGUGACAUCCUGUCCUUCAUUGCAAGGAUAUUCCUGCUGUUCCAGAUGAUGACUGUAUACCCACUCCUAGGCUACUUGGCUCGUGUCCAGCUAUUGGGCCAUGUCUUCGGUGACAUUUAUCCUAGAUAUUCAGGAGCAGCAUGCGGCCUGGCCUUUGUAUUCAUAUAUCCAUCUCUCACCUAUAUAAUUUCCCUACACCAGGAAGAGCGUCUGACAUGGCCCAAGUUAAUCUUUCAUGUUUUCAUCAUCAUUUUGGGCCUGGCUAAUCUAAUUGUUCAGUUUUUUAUGUGAAAUACUCAACAGUUUUCUCAAGAUCUUUCAUAGGAUUUUGAACUUUGACACCAGUUCCACAUAAAUUCACUUGUAAAUGCUGUUGUUGCCAUAAUUCUAAAUGUUUCCUAAGAUAAUUUGAAAACAAGGGAAGUAAUUUUGAUUAGAGUGGAGAAAAGGACAAUAAGAAUGAUCUUUGUGUCUGCCGUUUACAUAUUCACUCACCUCUUUAUUCUCAUUGUCUUUUCUGAGUAGAAAUGUUUGCCCUUAGGAAAAACCAUGCUGUAUUUUGGUAGAUAUAAGGUGGGUUGGUUUAUUUUAGCUGCAAUAAAGGUUCUCAGGGUGUCACACAGCAGUGUAUUGCCAAAUCCUGUUUCUGUUUUAUGUUUCAGUGUAUUCACUUUAAUUUUAUUACUUGCUAGACCAUUUUUUCAGUUUGACCAAACUUUUACUGUUUGGGACAGUAAACCAAAUACCUCAUUAAAAAAAAAAAAAUCUCCAUGACAUCAGUGUUGACAGAGUGAAUUUUUAACUAUGUCGGAAGGAAGGAAGGAAGGAAGGAAGGAAGGAAGGAAGGAAGGAAGGAAGGAAGGAAGGAAGGAAGGGAGGGAGGAAGGAAGGAACCUACCUUGUCAGUACAGGCCCCAUGGUCAUGAAAAUUACGUAAAAUAAAUGAACUAGGAGAGUUUGUUGCUGUCUGACUUCUCUUUUGUUUCUAAUCCAGUACCAGUGACUUAGGUUGAAAUUCUAGUUUCCUAACCAGAUUUUGCCCAGGGAAAAGUAUGACUGGGGUGGGGGAGGGGGGUCUUUUGCUUUUUGAAUCCCUGAGCAUGUCACAGGAUGUCAUGACAGGAUCAGAGAGGAAGAAUGUAGGAAGCAUGGCGCAGAGGGAUAGGUGAGGCCCUACAAGGGAGAAAGGAAGUAGAGAAGGGGCCAGGAAAAGUGAGGGGUGGGAGUGGUUUCUUUCUACAGGAAAGGAUUAAUUCUGUCUGAGGUAUGACCUCUAGAAGGAGACCUACCAUACCCCAUCUUAUGUCUGUAACUGGCAGGGUGGAGGUUAAAUUUCCAAAAGAAAAGCUCCUUGGAUCUGAGGAAAGGAUCAGGGAAUCUGAUUUCUUGGAAUUGGGAAUCUGAUUUCUUGGAAUUAACAGCCUCCUCUUUUUCAUUCAAACUAAAAGCUAAACCAGAAUUGAAAUGCAUGUCUUCCAUGUAACAGCCUCUGAAAAUGUUAGAUUUCUCUAAUUUCAGGCUAACAAUAAAUAGCAUAUUGUGUUAAUACACAUCCCACAUCCCAGAAUAGUGUGUAGAUUUGUGUUAUUUCCUUCCUUUGAGAAAGAUGGGUGAAACAGUUUUUUUUAACCUAGUAAGAGUUAAGAGCCCCAGAUUCGAGGCCAGCCAUAAAUACUUUGAGCAAAGCUUUCAAUCCAGUCCAUAGAUGUGUACCUGUAUCGAUGAACUGUAUUUCCUAGAGCUCUUUUCUAAAACAUCUCAUAAUGAAAAUUCUCCAGCAUACACAAAAGUAGAGAAAGUAACAUGCUAAGCCCCCCACAUAUACCCAUCCUGUAGAUUUAGUAAUUAUUAGACUGCUGUAUUUGCUUUAUCUAUCCCUUUUUUUUUCUUUUCCACUGAAACAUUUAAAGCUGAUCUCAGAUGUUAUGUCGUUUCAUCUCUAUAAACCUUAAUAUGCACUAAAUAGCCUUUCAAACUUAGUUACAUUUAUUGAUGGAGACAGUCUUGAACGUGUUUGUUAGCAGAAACUGCUGAUAAAAGUUUGAUUAAUUAGAAAAUUCUGCAUUAGGUGUGUGGAUCUUUGUGUCAACCUCUCUUAGGAGUAUGAUUCAUGGAGAAAGUGUGUCUCUCUGUGCUUGGAAGUCCCUGCAUCUUUAUGACUUCAGACUCCUGCUCAGUUAGAAGAAACGUAGGAAUCAAAAACUGGGUAACUCCUUGAGAGAGCCUCUAGGCUUAAUCCCUGUUCAUCCAGCUACUUGCCUUCUUGUCUUUAAAACCUUGAGAGACGGAGUUUUUAUUGCCUCUUUUCAAUAUACUUGAAUAUUUUAAUGUGGAAAAAUGAUUUGAUGUAUUUUUUCCCAUUGAAUGAUCAAAGUAGAUAUGACAACAAAUGCAUUAUUUACUGAAGUGAAAAGCGAUGUGGGUAUUUGCUUGUUGUUUUCUUUAAAAGACUUGAUGAUUCAGAACUUCCAAAAUCCUCCUUUGGACUUCUGCUGAAUGACUUUGCCUUCUUUCAUUUCUUUUUCAUGAAACCGACUUCUCUGGCCCAUGUUUUAGCUUGGUCAGAAACACUGUGCGGGUGGGUGUGUCCCAGCUCACGCAUUAGGAUGAUGAGAUAGGAAUUCAUUCAGAUCCCAUUAUAAUGAAUUUUAGACUUUCUCUAUUGUGAUCUCUCUGGAUUUUCUAUUUGAAUUUCUUUCACUUUUUACUCUGAUGUGCUUUUGAAUUUAGCUUAUUUAACACACAACUGAGGGCAUUAUAAAAUUAAAAGUGGGUUUUUUAGAAAAGUCUUCCUUUGAAAGGCCCAUGGAUGAAUAGGUGGUAUGCUAAUACUCAGUCAAAAAGGACAAAGACAUGUCCUUUGACACUUGACACCUAUAGAUGAUCAUCCACACUCAGUGUCAUCAUCACACCCAAAAAAUGUAUUGGAGUAAAGAAUAAAUUUACUCACAAAAAAGGGCUGUAUUAAAGGGAGCUAUUCAUUUUAUUUACAUUAAAUAUAUUUUCCAAAUACAAUAUAUUGGGUUGU